CGCCGCGGUGCGGCCCGGUGCUGGGCGCGGCCGGAGAAAGUCCAUGUGAGCCGGAGCGCCGGGCCGCCGGAGCACUUCCUGCCGCAGGCCGGACCGGGCCGGCGCCCGCAGAAGUUUGAAAGCAGCCGUCCAGUACCGUGGGAAGUGGACGUCUCUUGCAAUCAACGUCGGUACCAGUUUGCCAGAAUUCUUCAAUGUGCCCCGCUCGGCCGCUCCCGCGCUGAGAGUCCGAGGCCAGCCCGCAGCGCCCGCCCGCCAUGUCGCAGAUGCUGCACAUCGAGAUUCCCAACUUCGGGAACACCGUGCUCGGCUGCCUCAACGAGCAGCGUCUGCUGGGCCUCUACUGCGAUGUGUCCAUUGUGGUCAAGGGCCAGGCCUUCAAGGCCCACCGGGCCGUCCUGGCCGCCAGCAGCCUCUACUUCCGCGACCUGUUCAGCGGCAACAGCAAGAGCGCCUUCGAGCUGCCGGGCACCGUGCCGCCCGCCUGCUUCCAGCAGAUCCUGUCCUUCUGCUACACGGGCAGGCUGACCAUGGCGGCCAGCGAGCAGCUCGUGGUCAUGUACACGGCCGGCUUCCUGCAGAUCCAGCACAUCGUGGAGCGCGGCACAGACCUCAUGUUCAAGGUGAGCUCGCCCCACUGUGACUCGCAGACGGCCGUGAUGGAGGACGCCGGCUCCGAGCCCCAGAGCCCCUGCAACCCGCCGCCCUCCGCCGCCGCCGCCGCCGCCGCGCCCCCCUUCGUCGUGUCCCCCUCCGUGCCCAUCCCGCUGCUGACCCGAGUGAAGCACGAAGCCAUGGAGCUGCCGCUGGCCGCCGGCCCGGGCCUGGCCCCCAAGCGCCCGCUGGAGACGGGGCCCCGGGAUGGCGCGCCGGUGGCGGCGGGCCCGAUGGGGGCGGCGGGCACGGCCCCUCUCAAGCUGCCCCGGGUCUCCUACUACGGGGUGCCCGGCCUGGCCACCCUCAUCCCCAGCAUCCAGCAGGCGCCCUACUCCCAGGGAGAGCGGACCAGCCCGGGGGCCAGCAGCCUGCCCACCACAGACAGCCCCACGUCCUACCACAACGAGGAGGACGAGGAGGACGACGAGGCCUACGACACCAUGGUGGAGGAGCAGUACGGCCAGAUGUACAUCAAGGCCACGGGCAGCUACGCAGUGCCGGAGAAGCCAGAGCCGGUGCCGCUGGAGAGCCGGUCCUGCGUCCUCAUCCGCCGCGACCUUGUGGCCCUGCCCGCCAGCCUCAUCAGCCAGAUCGGGUACCGCUGCCACCCGAAGCUCUACUCCGAGGGUGACCCCGGCGAGAAGCUGGAGCUGGUGGCAGGCUCUGGCGUCUACAUCACGCGCGGCCAGCUGAUGAACUGCCACCUCUGCGCGGGGGUCAAGCACAAGGUUCUGCUGCGGCGGCUCCUCGCCACCUUCUUCGACAGGAACACGCUGGCCAACAGCUGCGGCACCGGCAUCCGCUCGUCCACCAGUGACCCGAGCCGCAAGCCGCUGGACAGCCGCGUCCUGAACGCUGUGAAACUGUACUGUCAGAACUUCGCCCCCAGCUUCAAGGAGAGCGAGAUGAACGUGAUCGCCGCGGACAUGUGCACCAACGCCCGCCGGGUCCGCAAGCGCUGGCUGCCCAAGAUCAAGUCCAUGCUGCCCGAGGGCGUGGAGAUGUACCGCACGGUCAUGGGCUCCUCGGCCGCCAGCGCGUCCCUGGACCCCGAGUUCCCGGCCGCCACGGCGCAGGUCUUCGAGCAGCGCAUCUACGCCGAGCGGCGGGGCGACGCCGCCACCAUCGUGGCCCUGAGAACUGACGCCGUGAAUGUCGACCUGGGCGCCUCCGCCAACCCCGCCUUCGAAGCCGGCGAGGAGGCGGACGGGGCCGGCUCGGUCAUCCAGGAGGUGGCCGCGCCCGAGCCGCUGCCCGCCGACGGCCAGAGCCCCCCGCAGCCCUUCGAGCAGGGCAGCGCCAGCACCAGCCGGCCCGCGACCCCGGCUGCAGCGAGGAGACAGGAGGGCCCGUUCCCAGGGACCUUGUAGGAGCCGAAGCGGGUCCUGAAGCUGCUUGCAUGCGUUACUAAUACAGACAAAUGUGAUCAAGCCACUUACCUACUGAACUGCUACUGUUGCCUGAAAAAAAUGUGAUUUUUAUUCUGCUUGUAUUUAAAAUUUAUGAAGGAAACAAAUGCAUUCGUUAUACUGUAAACGAUUAGGCCACUGGCGACCUAGUUGCGCGAAGAGGUCCCGCGGCUCCUUUUUGAUAUUCGAGAGGUUCGUCUCCAAAGCCCCAGCUUUCCUCCCCCUUGGGGGGGGUGGGGGGUGGGCAGGAGGCCGCCGACCUGGUGCCCUGCCCUGCCGGCCUCCCGCCCCCGCCCCUCCACCCAGGGGGAAGCCAGGGGCCUGGGGUGAGGGGCAUGCGUCUCGGGACCCUCGUUCCUCACCUGGGGGGACCCCACCCCUCGGGGCCACAAGCCAGGGCUGGGCCCCCGGGGGCCAAACUCCCCUUGUUUUCCCUUCUUCCGGAGACUCGGGGGUCAGGCCUGCCGGGUCCGCCGUGUCUGUGGGGUGUGAGUGUGUGCGGAGCGUGUGAGUGUGUGUGAGCGAGCGUGUGCAGGGAGCAGGUGACGGCACGGGGACCGGCCCGCCGGCCGGCCGCCGUGGGUGGAGAGUGCCCUUGGCUGUAUCUGUUUUCCUUCCCGGCACCUGUGGGACCUGGCCGACCCCACGGACCCUCGGUCCACCUGGGACCCAGCGCCUGGGCCGCCACCGCCGCCGCCGCCGCCGAGCCCCCGCUGGCUCCCACCUGGCCGCCCGCCAUCCCGUGGGGAGAGGCUACGGCCCCUGGUGCAGCCACGCAGCCUUCAGCCACGUUGGGUUUGUGUCUGUUUAUUCGUUUUCGUCUUAAUUCAGAUCUAUUUCAUGUAUGAAACCAUAUCUGGUUUGGAAACUUUCAGACCCAAAAGAGCAAAAAAAAUUAGGGACGAUUGGGUGUCCCUGCCCCAACCCGCUCUGGCUUGGGGGUGGGUCCCUCCAGACACCAUGGCCCCCAGGCCUCCGGGCCAGGUCCCGCUCACCUCCCAGGGCUGAGAAAGGGGUGCAGGCUGGCGCUGGCGCAGGGUCCCCUGUGGGUGCACCGAGCCUUGGGCUGUCUCGCUCCGAGGCUGCAAGUGGUGGCCAGAGGCACAAGCCAGAGCUGGGGCGGUUUGCAGGUGCUGAGCUUCUGGAAUGCAGAGGGGGCGGGCCAUGGAAGCUGUUGGUUUGAGGCUGGAAUGCUCACUGUGAAGUUCAGUUGCUGUUCUGAGGGGGAGGGGCACAGGCUGUCCCAAGUGCUCGGUCCAGUUGUCCGGGGGCCGCCUGCCUCCCCCUCCCCCUCCCCCUCCCCCUUGCCAGGCAGCAGGGCUUCAGGCCCGUCCUGCUGACCGCAGCCCUUGGGAGGAGACCUCGGGCAGUAGUGGGGGGGGGGGCUCCUUCCAGGCAGGCUCUCCAGAGAGCUCUGAUGGUUGCCCGACCGGGGUUUGGGGGGCCCUGGGCGGGCACGUGGGGGCUAAUCUCAGCCCCUCUAUCCACCCCCACCGUGCCUCCCCAAGGGCAGGGAGGGCCAAGCCCUGUGGUCCCAGCCCAGGGGCUGCAGCUCCUUCCUGCUGGAGCUUGGAGCCCACCACCUGGCCCAGAGGGGGGCCCCCUCCGUCUGAGGCCCCGAGGGGGCUGGAGCUGGCAGGGGCCUGGGCCCUCAGGGCGCUGCGGGGUGGCACUGGGGGUGGGGAGGCAGGCCCGUCGCCUCCCUCCGGAGCCCCCCCAUCCCCCCACCCCACGUUUGCACCUGCACCUUCCUUCAUCGCUGGGGACCUUCGGGAGCCGGCCGCCCGCCUGUCCCGCUGUGGGCAGAGGGCUCGCCCUCCCUCUCUCCCCCGCUCCAAAGUGGGCACGGGCCCCCCCCACCCCCGCGUCUAGGCCGGGACGGGGAGGGGCGCCUCCGGGCCGGCGGCCUCCCGGCAAAGGCCUGACCGCCGCUCGGGCUAGCACAAUGUCCCGUGACCUCUGUCCUUUGGUUGUUUCUGUCGCUGUCUGUUGUGUUGUUCCGGGUAUGGAAGGCAAGAGCUGUGGGUGGAACUUUAAUCGUAGUCAAAUGUGAAUGGCUUCUGAGCUCUCCCUGCGCCCUGGGUGGGCCAGGCCGAGCGUUUUGCACUAAUGUGACCCGCGGGGACGCGGGUCGGGAGCGGUGGCGGACGGGCACGGCUGAUGAUUGUACCUGCCGGGGCGUGCCCUCCGUGCCCGGUGCGUUCCGCGGGGCGGCGGCGGCGGCGGGCCCGGCGCGGAGGGGCCCUCCAGAGUGCCUUAGCAUCUUUUGACCAUUUUCCCCAAGGAAAACCAGUUAGGAGAACCGGACCCUCCCCUCCUCUGUUUACAAGACGACUAACCCUGUCCUGUGGGUGUGAUCCUGACGGACCCUGACCCCGGAGACCGAGACAAGCCACUCAGUAUUUAUGAAGUGUCUGCACCUUUAUCCCUAAGCUUGACUAGUAGCAAUACGCAUAUACUCCGUAGUGUCUGCAUAGAGCUAAUCCUAUCAGCGCCUUUCAAGGAGGGAAGGACUGGGCCGGGUCCCAGCGGCCGCGGCGGGCGGCGGGCCUGGGCUCAGCAGCCGCCCGCCCUCGCCUGCCCCCCCGGAGGCAGCUGGGGCUGGGGCGAAGGUCCAGGAGAAGGGACCGGAGGUGUGACAGAUCCUGUGAGCUCGGGGGCCCGCCCGCCUGGCCGGCGCGCCUCUGUACUUGAAUCCUGUCUUGCACUGUGUCUGGUGUCGCCCAGAGUUCUCUGUGACUGCUUGACCUUGCACUUGACGGACUGUGCUACCUUGCCCCUGAAGGCGGACCAGAGGCCGGGGGAGAGGCCCUGGGGUGGGCAGCCUGCCGGCCUGCCCGCCCGCCCGCUCGCUGCCCUGGCGCGGGGGCCGGCGUGUUUCUCCUCUGUGUUUAGAGGGAGGGGGCAGAGGCUCAGCCUGGGAGGGGCCUGCUCUGCGCCCGGCCCAGCGCUGCCCUGGCGGCACCCGAUGGCCGGAACUUUCUAGCACUGGCCCAGUGCCUGCCACCCCAGCCGUUGACUGCGUAGGUGCCCCUCAAACGGGUUAUUUUUAGGGAAAUAGCUUGCUACAAGUAGAAAAAGGCCUCUGGCCCGUUCACCAACCGAGAACUCCGAGGAAACCUGCUUUUUUGCCUCUGCAGCGGUAAAUCCUCAACGCAGAAUGGAGAGUGCAUAGCUGUCUUGAGCUUUAACUACUGUUUCCGAACGUUGCUGCUGCGGGAAUUUGUCACUCUGUCAGCCAGCCAGCCCCGGGCGAGCAUGUCACCCGCUGGCGGCCGGAGAGCGCGGGGGCUCGGUACAAGAUGUUUCUGACAUGGCAAGGGUUUCUGGUUUUUGUUUGUGUGUGUGUUUGUUUUGUUUCGCUGGAAAAAAAAAUGAAAAGAAAAAUUAUGCAGAAUCUAUAACACAUUCAGAUUGGACAACCUGCUUGAAUUCUGAUCAAUCGCUUCAUUGUUAGCGUUUCGCACAUGAUUGUAAUUUUUAUGUCAAAAGAAGCCAAAACUUGCAAUACUAUUUUUAGCAGACAAAAAAAAAAAGAACUAAGUAUAAAACGUACACAUAUUUUUGACUUGAACAUUUGGAUGUUACUGGUGCAAAGAGACCAUUCAUCCUUUGGAUGGCGUGUUUGGGAAAAAGAGACUUUUGAAAAGGACAUGGUGGUUGCACAGAGUCCGUGGAGGGUGUGUACUGUAACUCGCGACUGUUAAAAAUAAAGAAAUAAACACAUUGUUCCUGGGCUGCGUAUAAAGGAGGCUUGUUUCUCAGUGACACUGAGUUCCAUUUCAGCCACACAAGAGGCUAGCUUUUUUUUCUUUUUCUUUUUCUUUUCCUUUUUUUUGAAGAAGGAGGAAACCUCUGACCGUUCCUCCUGUGCCGCCUCCUUUCUGCGCUGCUGCUCGGCAGCAUCCAGACUGUCGCUUCGUAGCCACGCUGACACCACGGACGUAGCAUAACUCAGACGACAGAACGUCCGCCUGCGACCAGGACCCUGAGGGCUCUGAGCCCCGUCAGGAGGUGGAAAUCCGUUACAGACAAAAGGAUGUGAUCCUUCACUGUAAAGCGCUUUGUAAAAUUCACAUUUACAGAAUAAUAAAGUCAGUUCAAACCCA